AUGGCGCAGUUAUUGCUGACAGGAGAGAUGGCGAAGUUAUUGCUGACAGGAGAGAUGGCGCAGUUAUUGCUGACAAGAGAGAUGGUCACUUUCCGACAGCUACCAGUGUCGCGAGUGGGCGGCACAGCUGUGCGAAUCAGCGCUGUUGUUUUGGGAUACGGUCUGGAUUAUUGGCAGAUCGAACAACGUACGAGGGAGUGGGUCGAAGGUCGCCGGGAAAAUAGAGCGCCGGCAGUGAUGUGGCGCUCUGCUCGCGGUGAUGCCCAGUGCUCUUGCUAG